AUGGCUCAUUCCAGUGUUGGAGAAGUCGUCAAGCCCAGCCAUGAACCUUUCCGUCGUAUCCCACAACGUGGCAAGGUGGAACUGGAUGAAAGGGAGUUGCCAAAGUCCAUCAACAUGUUGAACUUCCGCGGCAACGUUUGCGCUGAGGCGCCUGACUACAAAGCCAAGCUGCUGGCGUAUCUGCCCGAGUUGGCACAACUCGAUGGGGAGGAGGUGGAGCUCGGCAGUCGCACUGUGGCACCGGACGCGGCGAAUGCCGAGUCUCAAUGUCCGGCGACGGACGCGGCAAAUGCCGAGGCGGAGGAAGUGAUUCUGAACAAAGGGCACGGGGUCCCAGUGUAG